UCUCAGACAGAAGAAUCAUCUCCGAUCAGUAAACCCACUCCAAGAAAUCGCCGGAAACACGUCUACACGGAUGGGAAGGGGUUCCUGCGCGGGGAGUUGAUCUGGGGGAAAGUGAAGGGUUUCUCCUGGUGGCCCGGGAUGGUGACCCCCUGGAAAAGUAAAACCUCUCCUCCCGGGAUGAGGAGGGUCGAGUGGUUCGGAGACGGGAUGUUCUCAGAGAGCUACACGGAGGGUCUCAUGGUCUUCAGUGCCUUCAAUAAGUGCUUCUGCAAAAACUCCUACGCCAGCCUGCCCGUCUACAAGGAAGCCAUUUACCAGAUCAUCGAGCUGGCUGGUGAGCGCUGUGGGAAGUCUUUCUCUGGAAAAGGAGGAACCAAAGAGAAGGAGCUGAAGCUGAUGCUGGACUGGGCCUCUGAGGGUUUCCUGCCCUCCGGCCCUGAGGGAUUCCUGCCUCCUG